GUACUGUGCUCCGCUGUGUCUGAUUGUGGAUCUAUGCUAGCAGUCGGCACGUCGACCAAAGUAGCUUUGAUUCUGGAUGCUACAAAUUUGAAGUUGCGGAGGGCCUUUAGAAUACCCAAGGCGCCCACCUCAGUAUGUUUCAGUAGGGAUAACGCACACGUAAUUAUCGGAGAUCGAGCCGGCCAUGUUUGCCGAUAUACAGUAGAUGCUAAUGAAAAAUCAGGUUAUAUAGACAUGAAUGGAGAAGAAUGUGAUUGUGAAGGUGAACCACUAACCAGUACGAUUUCCAUGGUUUUGGAUGUUGCCAUCACUAAUGACGGUAGAUUUUUGCUAUCUGCUGAUCGUGAUGAGAAGAUCCGUGUUUCGCGAUAUCCUCAAGCUUUCGUCGUGCAGUCAUUCUGCCUUGGUCAUGAUGCCUAUGUGAGCUCACUUGCUCAAAGUGGUACUCGCGUGUUUUCCUGUGGUGGUGAUGGUGUUGUACAUGAAUGGGAUAUACAAAAUGGUCAAUCAGUUGCUCACUCCGUCAAAUUAGGCGAUGAACCAUCGCGAAAAUUAUGUAUCCUACCCUUGGUGAGCAAAAUUAGCGUUGUGUAG